GGCACUGCUUGGAUAUUUAUCAAAAGCAGUUCACUACGUUACGGCUUUUUAGGCGCAGAUACUUUCGGAUGAUGGUUUUAUUAAAAGGGAUUUGAAGUUCGCAUACUGUAUUUGAUCAUAGUUCGUUAUAAAAACCGAUACAAUGAGCGCUAGGUUAAAUUUCACAGCAUAAUUUAUAAACGUGAAACCCAACUCCAAGUGUUUUGACGAAUAAGUGUGUCGGCAUCGACACAGGAAGGAAGUUAUUCAACAUGGUUGGCAACGGACAGUUAUGUGUGCAUGCUGUUUGUUUAGCAAGUUAUGUAUAUACGCUGUACUUCAGUCUGAGAUAUAUCGGAGAGGGUGAUGAACCCUACGUGUACCUUUUCUCAUAUCGUGGCUUUGCUGGGAAGUUUAAAUAUAUGACCUUUCUAAAUGUUCUGCUUCAGACGUUCUAUUUUGGUCUCAGCCUCCUCAACGACCUCACCGGAUCAUAUGUCAAGCCAUCAGACAAUGGGGGGCGUAAAUCCAAGCUUCAGUCAUUCCUGGAUGUGGUUUUGGCCUCUCUGGCCUACCCGAUAGGUGUAUUUGUAGUGAUGACAUUUUGGGCGAUAUAUGCAGUGGACAGGGAGCUGGUCUAUCCUAAAGUGUUGGAUGCUCUGAUACCUCAGUGGUUAAACCAUGCGAUGCAUACCACAGUUCUUCCAUUUCUUCUGAUUGAGCAGUAUGUUGUGUUCCAUGACUAUCCAGCCAGAUCUAAAGGAAUCUCAAUUCUUUUAGCCUUUGGGUUUGCAUAUUUAUGCUGGAUACUGUGGAUAGCCUACUACGCUGACCUUUGGGUGUACCCAAUACUGCAGCUGAUGGAGACUCACCAGCGAGCCAUAUUCUUCCUUGUCCUGCUUGCCUUCUUUAUCACCAUUUACAUUCUCGGCGAGGUCAUCAAUAAGGCAUUGUGGAGAAAGGAAUAUGCCUGCAAAGUGCAGCAGAAGAGAAAGACAAAGAAGAUUUCCUGAUUAAUAGUUAAUUAGUUGUAGGCAAAAUUAUAUGUAUUAAUUUUUAGCUUGGCUGUUUUCGGAGAAAACCCGAUGUAUUGUCAUAGCCAGCUCAUCGUCCGUUGUGCUAAAACCGUAACAUUGCCUCAAAAAUCUAAGCUUCCACCUACAACAUUUUAACUUCAUAUGUAGCUCCUUGAUGAGUUCUACAUGCCACACCCAUUUUUGGGUCACUAGGUCACUGUGACCUCUAAUAAUUUUCUGACAAUCUUUCAUUUCAUUUCUUUGCAGUUUCAAAUUGCACCCACAGCAAGGUGUUGGCACCCGCUAUGCGGUGCUCUUGUAUUGUUUUACAGUCAACAUGUUUUAAUCAGGACGCUUAUAUUCAUGUAUUGCAGAAUUUCAUAUGAAGUCUUCAUUUAGUUACCUCAAUCAAGAAAAUAGUUCAAAGUGAGAAUAAUGAACAAAUAAACCUGGUGCGGGCUUUUUAAGCAGAGAAAACAGUUUAUUUGUAAAUUUCUAACUAGAACAUUCUUCAGUUUAGCCAAAACGAAACCAUUUGCUACAAUUUGUAUAACAGACCCACAAUGAACGUUUGUCUAGUUCAUGUUUAUAUGUCUGUAGAACAUAGAAUUUUUAUAUAUAUUUUUGUUGGUAUGGAAGAAAUCUGUUUAUUACCAUUUGAAGUUUUUUUCCCAUAAAAACACAUAUAUAAAAAACUGUUUGCAUAAUUUUCUGAACGUAUGACAAUUUAAAAAAUAAUUUAACCUAAACUUACGUAGUAAAAUGAUUAUUGUAUUUAUAAGUAUUGCUUUAUGGUUUGCUAUACUAAGAUCUCCACUGUAAUAAUAUGAUAUUUAUUUUAAGUGGUAAUAUGUAUUCUGUGAUAUAAUUAUUUCUUGUCUGUGAGUGGAAUGUGUUGCGAUUUUGUUUAUAUCACUGCAUGCAUUUGACAAUCUUAGUCAUUAGCCAUAUUUAUGUUGAAAUUAAAUAUUUUGUAAAGAACCAACAUGGACCUUCUUACCAUUAACAAUCUUAACCCUUUACCACUUAGAUAUGUAUUUACACACAUUUGUAGUCACUUAGAAAGUUAUAUUAAAUUAAAGACCUUUCUUUCUAGAUUCAAGUUUUAAAGGCUUCAUCUGCAAACCUUAGAUACUGAGCAGCAAACACACAACACCUGAGUUACUCGCAGGCUGUUCUGGUUUUUUGCUGUUUGCACAUAGCCAUUUUCACUUUGCUUCUGAGAGGGAAAGGGUUAACUCAAUAUAAAGUUACAGGUACAUGUAAGCGAACAUUGUUACAAAAAUUAGUAUGUAGGCGCUUAUGAUUGCUUUUGAUAAACAGGUUGUUUCAAACAUUUUUUUUAACAAAAAAAUACAGAAAUCAGUUAAAGGCAAAGAAAAUUGCAUAAAGGAGAAAAAUAAAUUCUUAAGUUUUUCCAAAAAUUCUAAAGGUAUUUUGACUAAAUAAUGGGCCUUUGACUGAAUUAUGGGCCUUUGUGUUUUGUCUGUAAAAUAUGAAGUGUCUUUUUGCAAGUGACACAAGUGUCUAUGACAUAUUUCUAGUUCUUGUGAACAGUCAAAUUUAUAGCAAAUAUAACAUGGCUUAAAAAAAGGACCACACUUCAUCGCACAAAUUGCUCUUAUUGGUAUCAAUUAACAUUAUAAUGUAGUGUAAUUCCUAGAACUGAGAAAUCUUCAUUAUAGCUCUUAAUGCUGAGUUUUGAUUUAUUUUUUAAAAACCAUUGUGUGUUUUAUAAUUUAAUCAUGUUCAUCACAAGUAUUGACAAUUUUAAACUGUAUGUUUCUCACGAAUAUGAUUAAAAAAAUAUUUUAAA